CUGCCGUGACAAAGCAAAGCUCACGGGCACAUGACGAGCUCUGCUGCAAUUCAGUAAAUACACAACAGAAUUGAUAGUUUAAAAAGUGAUACCAUGAUGUGCAUUUCCCCCAUGUUCUUUAUUUUGGGUUUGCUUCUUUCUUACAGUUUAUGUGAAUCAUGCAUGCUGCUCUUGGUUUAGCCUAACUUUUUCUCAUUUGGGUUUGUUUGUUUCUGUUUCCUCGUGGGGACAGGUGGCUUGAAUGCGAUGCAGUACGAUGCUGACUGAUUCCAUUUGGCCUGCCCCUGCCUCUUCAACAAUGGCUUAUAUAUAUUAUAAUCUCUCUCAUAAAUUUCUGCUGUUCUUGUAAUAAGUUCUCUUGCCUUUCCACUUGAGCAGAGUCUAGAAACGACUAUCGUAUUUCAAAGAAGCCAAAGCAUAAAAACAGAGGAAGCAGAGCUCAGAGGUGGGAAGAAGAUCAAGAACAAGAAAGAAUAGCUAGAAAUGGAGCUUAGCCCAAGAUCCAAGAUCAACAAAAAGGGGGCGGGGAAUCACUCGGCGCUGCUCUGCUGCAAGCUCUUCAUCUCAGAGUCGCGAAACUCGGCGAUCCUGGACGCCAUCGAAACGGCGGCGAGGCGGGACCCAGAAACGGUGAUCGUCAACAAGUUCCCUGAUCGUGCUUACAACAGAAUCCGAUACACUCUGGUCUCCUACGUCGUGGCGCUCGACAGCACCGGAACCGCCAUUUACAGCCCCCUGCGGCAGACGGUGGUGGCGAUGGCGGAGGCCGCCUACGCGGCGAUAAACCUCGAGCAGCAUUCCGGUACCCACCCUCGGCUUGGCGUGGUGGACGAGAUCGUUUUCCAUCCCUUGGGUCGAGCCUCGCUCGAUGAAGCCGCUUGCCUUUCCAAGGGUCUCGCCGCCGACAUCGCCGCCCGAUUUCAGGUGCCUGUGUUUCUGUUUGGUGCUGCACAUCCAACGGGGAAAGCCUUGGAUACCAUAAGGAGGGAGCUGGGCUACUACAGGCCCAAUUUCACAGGCAGCCAAUGGGCCGGCUGGACGAUGCCCGAAACUCUAUCGGAGAAUCCCGACGAAGGCCCGGCCCACGUGUCUCGAACCCGAGGCAUCGCGAUGAUCGGAGCCAGGCAGUGGGUCGGGUUGUACAACAUUCCGAUCGUGAGCACCGACGUGUCUGCUGCUCGGAAGAUCGCCCGGAUGGUGAGCGCUCGUGGCGGUGGGCUGCCUACGGUGCAGACGUUGGGCCUGGUUCACGGCGAGGAUUCGACCGAGAUCGCCUGCAUGCUGCUGGAGCCCAACCAGAUCGGAGCGGACCAGGUUCAGAACCGGGUUGAAAUGCUUGCGGCGGAGCAAGGGUUUGAUGUGGAGAAGGGAUACUUCACUGAUUUUUCACCUGAGAUGAUUGUUGAGAAGUACACCAAUUUGAUUUCUGGGAACAGGGAUUGAUGCGACUGGUUAGGCUUUGAACGUCUCAAAUGUAAUAAUAUAUCUUAACCACUAAAUGUGAAGGCUGUAAUUUUGUAAAUGAAAAAGUGGAAACCAAAACCACUUUGUCAGCAUUUUUCAUUUCCCAGAUGUAGAGUUUGCAUUGACAGAGAGGUCGGAUCAGGGGAAAAAUUGAACACUCUGCCUCUUAACAUCAGCCACCGUGGCUGAUCCAGAAAUUUUACAUAGGGGUGUCCUCUUUUAAAAAAUAAAUUAAAUACAGAUAAUUCU